AUGGCUACGUCCUUAGCAGUCAACAAUGAUUUAGAGCGGGAGAACCAUGAAAAAGAUUUAAAAGAAAAUUUUACAGUCUCGACUCCACCCUCAGUCAGCUCUUCGUCGAAGAAGAAGAAGAAAAACAAAAAGAAGAAGAAAACAGUGACUACCGAAGCCAAUGGUGAGCACCCAGAGAAUGGAGCUUCAGCAGAUCAGAAAAAAGAGAAUGAUUCUUUAGUUUCAGAGCUACAGUUAAGAAACAGGGAUCUUGUCGGUGAAACUGAUGCUCUGAGAAGCGCACUUGAAGAAACGCAACGCAAUAAUGUAGAAGCUGAUGAAUUAAAAGGUCUUAUGUCAAGAGAAAUGGAUAAUUUGAAAAAAGAAGUUAAAGACUUGAAAGAUGUUGACGAUGUUAAUUCGGACGAAAAAUCUAGGAUUCAGGAGGAGAACCAAAACUUACAAGACAUGUUACGAAACGUGGGAAACGAGCUGGUAGAUUCUCGUGACGAAAUAAAAGAAUUAAAACAAAAAAUGAAAGAUUUGGAAAGAAAAGAUGAGACUCCCGUGCAAAUUUCGGAAGUUAAAAGCAAUGAGAUUACACCAAACGUACAUUUCAAUGCGAAUGAAGCAAAUAUAUCAAAUGGUCUCUCGAAAGAUGUUAUUGACAAAGAAUAUGUAAGGAAUGUUCUGAUUCAAUUUUUGGAGAAUCAAGAACACCGUGAACAGAUUCUGCCUAUUUUAGCGAUCGCUUUGGAUUUAGAUGAAAUUCAUCAGCAGAUACUUUUGAAAUGUAUCAAUUAA